AUGGAUAUGGAUGUUCUUUGGUUGCGCAAACCAACAGAUGUUAAAAAUGAAUAUUUAACUAUUGACCAUACCGAAUGGGUUGUGGAUUGGAGUCUAGAAGAUAUGAUGGAAAAUGUAUACUCUGAAGGUUAUGAUCCUAAUUGUAUCACUUGCGUGGGCCCUAAUGUUUUAACAAAGUUUGUUAAAGAGCAUCGCACUCUAGUAAAUAAAUCUGGCAUUCAUUUGCUUCCUGUUUAUUUUCAUUUUCCAUAUCACUAUUUUACAACCGUCGAAUUGAUAACUCGACAUGAAGCGCCACUUGAAAAACUUUACAACUUAUCGCUUUCAUCAUGGUCUAUUCAUUGGUUUAAUCAUGCUACACGAUCGUCUAAAAUUGAUGAUGAAAGUGUACUUGCUACGGCUUUUAAAAUGUUUUCUUUAAGCGUAUCAGAUACAAAAUUAACUUUGCAAGGACCAAAGAAAUAUCAAUAUAAUUUUUCAAAUAUAACAGAUCAACUAAAUCAAAUA